AAGUGAGGCCCCAUGGACGGUUCAGACAAGCCCACUUUUUCUGUUAUCAAUCUAUCAUGCCUUGGAUCUAUCCCAUCACCAUACGCCGCCCCGCACCGUAUCAAAAACCUUCGAACAUAUCUCUAAACUUCCUAUCAUGGCCAAUCGUAGACUUGCUUUUAUAGAACAAGAUUUUUCCAGAAGCCAACCAAAGUGGGAGAGAGUUGUCUUCACCCUUAAACACAUAUUUAGGUGUGGUGGUUCUGGCUCUGCGUCAUCACCGUCAAACAGGUCUAACACGCCCACUCAUUGCUCAAAGUCAGACUUCUCUGCUAGCACAUACACACCUCGAGAGAAAAAGGCGGGCAGAGUCAGAAAGAAGGAAGCGAAAUGGGGAUUGUGGAAGAAGCUCAGAACGUGAACGUUUUGGGAUCAGGCACGAGGUUUAUAGUUCUGGGUCAUGGAUUUGGCACGGAUCAGUCGGUUUGGAAACAUCUAGUCCCUCAUCUUGUCGACGAGUUUCGCGUCGUUCUCUACGAUAAUAUGGGCGCGGGUACCACUAAUCCCGAUUACUUUGAUUUUGAACGCUACUCCACGCUCGAAGGCUACGCCUACGAUCUUAUCGCCAUUUUAGAAGAGCUCCAUAUUGAUUCCUGCAUCUUCAUUGGCCACUCUGUUUCCGCCAUGAUAGGUGCUAUUGCUUCCAUCACUCGCCCUGAUCUAUUCUCCAAGCUCAUCAUGAUCUCUGCUUCCCCUAGGUACUUGAACGACGUGGAUUAUUACGGAGGGUUUGAGCAAGAAGAUCUGAACCAGCUGUUCGAUGCAAUUGGGGCGAAUUACAAAGCGUGGUGCGCCGGGUUCGCUCCUCUAGCGGUGGGUGGGGAAUUGGAGUCGGUGGCGGUUCAGGAAUUUAGCAGGACAUUGUUCAACAUGAGACCGGACAUAGCGCUGAGCGUGGCACAGACGAUUUUCCAAAGCGAUAUGCGGCAAAUUCUGGGGCUCAUCACAGUUCCGUGCCAUAUACUUCAGAGCGUGAAGGACUUGGCGGUUCCGGUGGUGGUUUCCGAGUACCUCCACGAACACAUCGCCGCCGACUCCAUCGUGGAGGUCAUGUCGACGGACGGUCAUUUGCCACAGCUAAGCUCGCCGGACAUCGUAAUUCCCUUGGUGCUCAGGCACAUCAGGGAGGAUAUUGUGGCGUGACGUAACGGCGUGCCGCGUGCGGGAACAAACUAUACAUAGUAAGGAUUUAAACAAUAUGUGUAAUGGAAUGAUCACUAAAUCCUAGUGUUUGUAUUCUAGAUUUUAAAAAAGGAACAGUGUGUCUCUAUUUCGCAAAAGGACGGAAGGCGGAAGGCACAGCCAUAGGUGGCUCCUGGCAGUGCCAGGAGGGUGAUUAUUCAACCUUUUUUUUUUCCCUUCUUGUUGUCCUGUUUUAUUUUCUUGGGUAGUUGUUUGUUGGAGUACCUUCUACGGUCCAAAAUGUUUAGAUCAUCCAGAUGAAUUGGACUUUGGGUGUUCUUUAACAGUAAUUGCCCUCUUGGGCCUUGAUUAAGCACAUAAACCCCACAAUUUUUUU